UGUUAUAUAGUCACAUUACUGCCUUGUGUUGACAGUCUUCAGAUUAUUGACAACAUGUGGAUCUGCCAUGUGUUGAUUUUCUUACCACCCAAUAAUUCUUUUCUUUGCCACAGAAUGACACAGUAAUAUCUUAUACCCAAUCAAUAAUUGGAAAUCGAAAUGCAUUUGGGCUAAAUACACACCAUCGAUGGAUUGAAGCAGCGCUGAGGGGCCUCUGACAUGUCGUGUUAAAAGUGCUGAUACGGAACUAACUGAUUAAUACAAACGAUCUGUCAUCGAACCCCCUCUGGAUGAAGCAAAAUCAAUUGUAACAUUUCAAACAUUGGAACUUGAGGAACAGGAAUUUCAAGCAGAUCAUUUGAGUACAGACAUAGCCACAAGCAGCAGGCACAGACAUCUGUGGGCGACGUUACACACCAUGGCUAAAGUUACACACUUCUUCUGACACUGCUAUAGAGAUGACCUACGUGGUUGAGCUGGCCUUGUGAACAUCAUGCUAGAAGACAGGAUAUAUUUGGUUGUAACUCUUCUGGCAAUCGUCGACGUCGGUGUCUGUGUUGACGACUACACCCUUCACCAACAGCUGUACAGUGACAUCAUCCAGCACAACAACCCCAACAUCCGCCCUGUUCGUAACACAACACAUGUUCUCCAAGUCUAUGUGACCUUUAACCUUGUGGCAAUUACAGAAUUUGAUGAAGUCUCCGAGGUUCUGGCUUCCACCGGCUACAUGACGGUGACAUGGAGAGACGAAAUCCUGACCUGGAACCCGGCUCUGUACAGCGGCUUGUUGAGCAUGAGGCCAGCAUUUGAACGAGUGUGGAAGCCGAGCAUAGCGGUGCAGAAUACAGUGGACAAGAUGAAACCUUUGGGCUUGGAUUUCGGCCUCUUAGUUCUCUACUUCAGUGGAACUCUCACCUGGUAUCCCGGAGACACAUUCAAGACUACUUGUAAAAUGGAUGUUACCAAGUUCCCCUUCGAUGUUCAGACAUGUUCCUUCAAUGUGUUUGUUUGGGCUGACACCAUCAGCACCAUUGAUCUCUUGCCAGUCAACAACUCCAUCGGUCUCGACAUUUAUAACGUGAACAGUGAAUGGGGCAUCACCAACACCUCGGCCACUCGGCACACAAAACAGGUGUUAUACCAUGAGAUCCCCCAUCUAACCUUCUCUCUCCAGCUGACAAGGAGGCCGUCAAUGAAGAUCCUGACCGUGGUGAUGCCCGUGCUGCUUCUCUCCAUCCUCAACAUCUUAGUGUUCCUCAUCCCGGUGGAGUCCGGGGAGAAGCUGUCCUUCACCAUCACCGUGCUGCUGUCGUUUGCUGUGUUCAUGUCGUUUAUCACCAACAUGCUGCCCCAAAGCGCUGACAGCCUGUCAGUGUUCACCCUGCUCAUGGCGGGGCUGUUCCUCAUGAGCUCUCUCUAUGUACUGCUGACGAUCUGGAUUAUUAAGGUAUUCCACAGAGACUCAAGCAGGCGGCCCGUCCCUCUCUGGGUGAGUAGAUUAGCGGGUGGCCAGAAGGGUUGUUGUGAGAGUAUCAGAAUACACGCGACUGACAGUCAGGCUGGGUCGGACAGAUCUUCUAGUCGGGACAUUGACAAGUCUAUGCGUGGACGUGAGAUGAAUUGGAAAAGAGUGAGUGAGGCCAUGGACAGGUUUUUCUUCUGGACAUUUCUUAUCCUCACCGUAUCAAUGAUGGCUGUCGCUGUGUUCAAGAUAUUAUUUUGACAUAAUGGCAUAGACGCACACGUAGGUCAUAUGGUCUUGAUUAACGGUACCCGUCAAGUGAAAGUGUAAAGUAUAGUGAAAUAUAGUGACACGAGUAAUAAUACCUUUGUGUUAAAUCUAUGUGAGUUCGCAGAAAAACCGAAAGCAUAUGUAAUAGAGCAGAGGUUUGUGUGUUUACUUUCGUUUUGUUUGUUGUUGGGUUAGAAUAAUGUGACUAGGUGUAGGUGUAGGGCUGAAUAUCGUCUCAAGCCAAGGUUUGUGCCCAAGAACAAAACGUUAAUCUCAUCUGGUGCGCUCUUCCCUUGCCGUUAUCCAAACAUCAAGGAUCAGAGGACUGGACUCAACCCAUGGUGUCCAGGUCUCAAACACUGUAUGAUCAAAGAACUUGGUAUCAAAUAGUGCCACGUAUAAGGCUUAUGAAGUAUUCUCAAAACCAUAUAUCGGUACUAUCGAAUUCUGACUUUAAAACCUGAAGACAGGUCUUUCUGUUGUGGAUUUCAAAAUUAACUGAAUAAAUAUA